GAGUGUGGUAGCCCUUGGUCGACAUGCUAGCUCGUACAAUUUGCUGGCUGCUCAGGGAGAAGUUUUGCUCAAAGACCACAAUUUGGAUUCUGAUGAUGUUUUGCCUACAGGCUGCGUAAUAUCACGUUAUGGCGUUGGCGGACCUCUUGUUGACAUCGCUUCGGGAUCAGUUAUUGGAAUGAAUUUCACUGAUGCAAGCUGUUUUGUUUUUCUUCCCAAUACCAUUUUGCUGAGAUGCUUGAAGCACUUCAAAAGUUAUGGGAGAAUUGUUCGACCUUGGCUGGGAAUGAGAACUCGAAUCCUUGAUUCUUUGAAAAUGGCCCGGCUUGAAACAAUAUACCAGAAAUUUCCUGAUAUUAAUGGGGUAUUUGUAGAGAAGGUAACAGAGGGAUCCCCAGCUGAAUCUGCAGGAGUUCGUCCAGGUGAUAUUGUGACUCAUUGCGAUGAAAUUCCUGUGUGCUCUCCCCUUGAGUUUGCUGAAGUACUGUUUGAUAAAGCUGAGAACUCUAUGGAGCUUAGGUGUGAUAGGGCAAGUGAUGAUAAUGCAAAUAAGAGACAGGCAAUUGCUGUUGAGGUGGUUAUAAGAAGGGAAGGCUGUGUUUCCGAUCUGGUCAAAAGUAUCGUUAUUGACAGGCUUACCCUACCUGAAAUCAAUCGGUGGCCUCUGUUCAGGCCUCGAGAGCUUCAGACUGACAGGUAUCGUACAGGUCUCGAGGGCUUCCGCUGUUAAGACUUAAGAGUACAUAGAUACCGUUGUGAUGAUUCAUGAUAGACGAGACACGUGAGGCUGGGUCUUGCAAAGUUCUGUUUUGUCAGAAAUAUGGUGUAUAUACUUAUGUUAGCUGAUAAUUUGAAAGAAAUUCCAUGUAAAUCAGUUAACGCAAUUGCCUUUCAAAGCAAUGUAAUCAAUUUUCCAGAACAUUAUCAUAUGCCAAUAUUGGUUUGAUUAUUUUGAAAAA